AUGCUGAGCACCCAAGGCGCCCAAAUCCUCUCACAGGGUAUCGGCUACGGCGUGGUCCUAGGAAUAGGGUUCGUCUUCGCGGUGCUUAUGAUGGUGCUUUCUGUGCUCCAAAACCGCUACACCUCCUUCCGCACGACAACACCAGAAGAAUUCAACACGGCCUCGCGCGCCGUGAAGCCAGGUCUUAUCGCCGCAGGUAUUGUCUCAGCAUGGACAUGGGCAGCGACACUCCUCCAAAGCUGCACCGUCACCUAUGAGUAUGGCGCCGCAGGCGGAUACUACUACGCUGCGGGGGCGACGCUGCAAGUCUUCCUGAUGAGCAUCCUAGCCGUACGCGUCAAGACAAUCGCGCCGUACUGCCACACGUACCUUGAGAUCAUCCAUGCACGGUACGGAAACACCGCGCAUUUCAUCUUCGCGACAUUUGCGCUUGCCACAAACUUGAUCGUGUCCAGCAUGCUAUUGCUCGGGGGUAGUGCGGUCGUAAAUGCCUUCACUGGGAUGAACAUCUAUGCGGCAAACUUCCUCAUCCCUGUGGGCGUGAUGGCAUAUGUGAUCCUUGGGGGCCUGCGAGCUACUUUCCUGUGUGAUUAUUCUCACACAACCAUCCUUAUGAUCAUCUUAUUUUAUUUCUUCUUCUACACCUACACGAAAAGCGACCUCAUUGGCGGCAUGGAAGGGAUGUAUCACAUGCUCGUUGAGGCAGCAGAGAUACGUCCGGUUGCGGGCAACAAGGACGGAUCGUAUCUCACAUUAAAGUCAAACAAUGGACUUGUCUUCUUGAUAAUCCAGAUGUUCGGCGCUUUCGGUAAUGUUACUGUAGACCAGGGGUAUUGGCAGCGCGCUAUCGCUUCGCAGGCAAAGACGACCAUGUAUGCCUACUUGAUGGGCGGCAUUGCAUGGUUUGCUGUUCCAAUGACCAUGUCGACCGUCAUGGGUCUGGCUGCAGUCGCACUGGCCAACAACCCGAGCUUCCCAUACCUUGGUGGACUGUCGUCGACCGAGCUCAACGCGGGAUUGACAGCACCUGCAGCCGUCGUGACACUUCUCGGCAAGGGCGGUGCCGUAGCAAUGUUAAUCUUGCUCUUCAUGGCCGUCACUUCGGCAUCUUCCUCUGAAAUGAUCGCUACAUCGUCCGUCCUCACGUUCGACAUCUACCAGCUGCACAUUAACCCCGAGGCAUCCCCUGAACGGCUGAUCCGCGUCUCCCACAUGAUGGUGGCCAUAUGGGCUAUCGUCAUGUCCAGCGUCGCCUGCAUCUGGAAUGCCAUCGGGAUUUCGCUGAACUGGCUGUAUUUGUUCUCAGGCACGAUUUACACGCCUGCCGUCGGACCCAUCAUAUUCACCAUCCUGUGGCGCAAGCAGACACGCGCCGCUGCAAUUGGCGGUGCCCUUGGUGGUCUCGCCGUCGGUGUCAUCAGCUGGCUUGUGGUUGCGAAGACGUAUUACGGGGAACUCACCAUUGCAUCUACCGGCGAUCCGUACUCCACACUGGCCGGCAACAUGGCCUCCUGCAUGGCGGGCGGAAUCAUAGCAGCAGUCAUCACCUUACUCAAACCUGACACAACUUUCGACUGGACCGCGACUAAGAACAUCAACCCUCGCGGGCGUAAAUUGGAUGCGGAAGCCUUGCGAAAGAUGUCAUCGGAGGACAAGGACAGCGAUACGGUCGGAGAGAAGGAACAAGAGGACAUAGUCGCUUUAUCCGUCAAGGAGGUUGCGUCACUGAAUGGGCGACCAGAAGAACAGGAGAUACUGAAGCGCUCCUUGAAGAGAGCCGCAUGGGCGUCCUCGAUUAUGAGCUUCAUCGUACUCAUUCUCAUUCCCAUCCCUAUGUUCUUUUCGCACUACGUUUUCUCCCUGAACUUCUUCAAGGCAUGGGUCAUCAUCGGGAUCAUAUGGCUCUUCGUGGCGGCCUGCAUCACAUCUGUCCUACCACUGUGGGAGAGUCGUAGGGCAAUGACUUUCAUCGGUAGAGGGGUUGUCAAAGAUAUAUUCGGCAGUGAUCGUCGUCCAAAGGAGCAAACGACCGUCCCUCAGUCACAUCAAAUGCGUUCAGGCACAUAA